AAAGAAGAUGGAAUUAAAUGGAAAUAAUAUUUCUGUAGAAGAACAACUAGCUGAAGCUAAUCGGAAAAUUGAUGAAUUAUUAUCAGAACAAAAUAUGAAAACCCAUUCAAAUAAUGGCGUAGAAAACUGUCAAUUAUUACGCGAAGAAAUAAUUAAGAUGGAAAAGAAGCUCGCAAAUGCAAACGAAGAAAAGGAAUAUUAUAAACGUCAUUUUCAUGGCGAACAAAAUGGUGGAAAUGUUAAUGGAUCACAAAAUAAUGGAAGUAAUACAUCCAAAUUUAUUAAUUAUUAUUCGGAUGAUUUUGGCAAAGAACUUUUAUUGGCGAAUAAACGAAAAUAUCAAUUGGAAAGUAGAGUUAAACAACUAGAAAUUGAAUUGAAAGAUGCCCAACAGAGGUCUGUCCGUCUUUCGGAACUUUUUGAAUUGGAAAAAGCCCAAAAUGCGCGUUUAGACGCAGAACUAUUAGAAGCACACAAAGACUGUUUAGAAGUUAGACAACAAUUGGAUGAAGCUGUUUUGCAAGGAAAUUUAUUUCCUUUAUUAAAUUCGGUUUCCUCACAAGGAGAUGAAAUGAGAGAACGCUUAAAAAAUAUUGAAAGUGAUUAUGAAUCUAAAUUACAAGAAAUGAGUGAAGCCAAAAGUAAAGUAGAAUGGAGGUUGGGGGAAGUGAUGCAAAUGUAUAAUGAUACAAAAUGGCGAUUGGGGGAAGUUGAAGCAUUACUUGCCCAUAGAGAUUGGCAAUUGGAACAGGAAAAGAAAAAUUAUCAGAAAUUAUUAGAGAGUAAUUCGAAUGAUAAACCAGUAAAUUCUGAAGAAAUUCAACGUUUAAAUGACCAAUUAAUUAGAAAAACAGAGGAGAAAAAUGCUGCGGAUUGGAAAAUUGGGGAAUUGAAACAAUUAUGGAAUGAUGCAAAAUGGAGGGUUGGAGAGUUAGAAGCUGAAACAAUGCAUAGAAGCACAUUACUGGAUGAAGCGCAUCAUAAAAUUGGUGAACUGGAAAGGAGGCUAGAAGGAAAUCUCCCUUUAAUUAAUGAAAGUGAAUAUUCUAAACAAUUAAGUGAAAUGGAAAAGAAAUAUCACGAUACUAAAUGGAGAUUAGGCGAAGUUGAAGCAGAACUAAAUAAUUUAAAAAAUAGAGAACAACAUUUAAAUAAUGAACUAUCUACAUCUAUCGAACUAAAAUCAAAGGUAGAAUGGCGGUUAGGGGAAGUAACGCAAUAUUUGAAUGAUGCAAAAUGGAGAAUUGGCGAAUUAGAAGCAAGCAUAGAACAUCGCAACCAGCAAUUACAAACCAUUAAUGAAACACAAAGUGAAUUAAACUCUUUUAAAUCUCUUGGAGGUAUUAAUGGAGCUUUAAUUAUUAAAAGACAGCCACGCAACGAUAGACAUAAAUGGACACUUUUGACGAUUGAAAAUUCUUUAAAAAUGCCUCUACAAAGAAUUCUUUUGGAGACAAGUUCUAAUGGAACUGGAGAUAUUUUUCUAAUUGGCAGUUUUCUAAAUUGGGAAUGUGCUUUAAUUUGUGAUUCAAUAAAUGGAAAGCCAAACAAAAAAGGUGUUUUGUUAGAAUUACCUAAAGGAAGGCACGAAUUUUGUUUUAUUUGUGAAGGUAAAUGGUAUACAGAAAGUUUAUAUGAGGAUUGUUGGAAUGAAUUUGGAACUAAAAAUAAUUGGAUUAUUAUUAAUUAA